CUUCUUUAAUUCAUAAGUACGCCAUACAUUGCCCAUAAUAAGCUAUCAUCCGCUUCUUAUUAAAACGGAUUAUUUACUCCAUAUUUCAAAAAUAUUUAUUUUCUUUACUAUAAGCAAUGUUGCCUAGGCUAUUUAUUUUAUAUUAUUCAUUAAGUUUAUUUCUUUAAAUAUUUAAUUUAUCUUUAUAAUUAAAUUGAUAGUUCACGAUAAUAAUGUGCAAAUAAACGCGCUAUGCACUGCAUUGUCACAGACGUACAGUGAUGUCGCUUAGCUUGUCCUGCCUUGAAGGAUAAAACAGUAUUUGGUUGCAUUCUUGAAACAUCAGCAAUGCGAUUUGCUCACUCACCCUCAUUCAUGGCCUCUCCACUUCACACAUGUCAAGGACCAGCAGCAUAGCUUAGGAGAGAUCGUCGUCUUCCGCCCAUGGCAAUCCCGUGAAGCCUCGCCAUUCCCCAUGCCGAAGCAACCCCGCCGCCGUAGUACUCGCUAUAAAUCCACCUCGCCGCUGCUUCUUCUCGGUGUCUCGCAUUGCCGGACGGCCGGCGUCGACAUGAGGCUCGUGGUGGUGUGGCUCGCCGCGGUGGCGGUUCUUGGUCUGGCCAGCCAUGGGCGCCCCGCGGCGGCGGCGGCAGCGACGACGCUGUCGACGGCGUCGAGGUGGAUCGUCGACGAGGGCGGGAACAGGGUGAAGCUGGCGUGCGUGAACUGGCCGUCGCACCUGGAGCCGAUGCUGGCGGAAGGGCUGGGCAAGCAGCCUGUGGGCGCCAUCGCCAAGGACGUGGUCGCCAUGGGUUUCAACUGCGUCCGCCUCACCUGGGCCACGUUCAUGGUGACCAACGCCUCCUACUCCUCCCUCACCGUCGCCCAGUCCUUCCAGCGCCUCAACCUCACCGAGUCCCUCGCCGCCAUCCGCGUCAACAACCCCUCCCUCGUCGACCUCAAGCUCAUCGACGCCUUCAAGGCGGUGGUGAGUAGCCUGGGGGAGAACGGCGUGAUGGUGAUACUGGACAACCACGUGAGCAAGCCGGGGUGGUGCUGCGGCAACAACGACGGCAACGGCUUCUUCGGCGACGCGUACUUCGACCCGGACGUGUGGGUCGACGGCCUCACCAAGAUGGCCACCAUGUUCGCCGCCGUCCCCAGCGUCGUCGCCAUGAGCCUCCGCAACGAGCUCCGGGGCCCCCGCCAGAACUCCGCCGACUGGUACAAGUACAUGCAGCGCGGGGCGGAGGCGGUGCACGCGGCGAACCCGCGCGUGGUGGUGAUCCUGUCCGGCAUGAGCUUCGACAACGACCUGGCGUUCCUCAACUCGCGGCAGGUGAACGUCAGCUUCGCCGGGAAGGUGGCGUUCGAGGUGCACUGGUACGGCUUCUCCGACGGGCAGGCGUGGCGGGCGGGGAACGCCAACCAGGUGUGCGCGCGGGUGGCGGCGAGCGUGUCGCGCCGCGCGCUGUACCUGCUCGACCAAGGGUGGCCGGUGUUCCUCAGCGAGUUCGGCGUCGACAACCGCGGCGGCAACGUCAACGACAACCGGUACUACGGCUGCGUCGCCGCCGUCGCCGCCGACCUCGACCUCGACUGGGCGCUCUGGACGCUGCAGGGGAGUUACUACCUCCGGGAGGGCGUCCUGGGCCUCGACGAGGUCUACGGCGUGCUCGACUGGGCGUGGUGCAAGCCCCGCAACGACACCGCCCUGACCAGGCUCCACGCCCUGCAGCGCCCCUUCAGAGGGCCUGGUCUGGCGGAGGCGGCGCCGUACACGGUGAUGUUCCACCCGACGACGGGGCGGUGCGUGGUGCGGCGGUCGUCGUCGGUGGUGCAGACGACGCUGGAGCUGGGGUCCUGCGGCGAGGCGGAGGCGUGGGCGUACACGGCGAGCCAGCAGAGGCUGUCGCCGCGGGACAGCCCGCUGCUGUGCCUCCGCGCCGAGGGCGCCGGCCGGCCGGCGCGCCUCGGCCUGUCGUGCGGCGACGAGCUGGCGCGGUGGAGCCUCACCUCGGACUCCAAGCUGCACCUCGCCGUCAACGCCUCGUCGUCGUCGUCGUCCCCCGAGACCAGCAACGGCGGCAUGCUCUGCCUGGACGUCGGCGACGAUGGCCGGAGCUUGGUGACCAACCCGUGCCGGUGCCUGAGCGCGGACAACAGCUGCGACCCGGAGAGCCAGUGGUUCAAGCUGGUGACCAGCACGAGGAGCGUGGCGGCGACGAACACCAUGCUCGCGCAGCUGCCGCCAAAGCUCAGGUCAUGGAAGAUUAGGUCCCUCUGAUGAUUAGCCAAAUCCAUCUUGCACGUGCGCGUGAGCACAAGCUCACCAUAUACAUGGUGGAGUAAUCCACGUAUCCAUUGUUGUUGUAGAAUGAUCUUGCAAAUUGCAAUCGCCAUGACGCCAUCUGGCGCAGGAAGGAGAAGACACUGCCCUUGAACAAGAGCGGUGUUCUUGUGAUGUAACAAUUCAAUUCAUGAUUCAUCCAUGCAAUUCCUUCCCGUCUCUUAUAAAGUUACGUACAGGUUUACCGCGAGA